UUGUAAAAAUUUACACGAACAAGACCCAAAAUUUCAUCUAAGUUCUAAGUUGUAACUGGCGAACCCCUCCAAAACCCUCUUAUGAAUCAUUAUCGUUAACCCCUCUUUCGUUCUGAAUCAAAUUCCCUGUUGAAUUGAACCCAUGCCAUUGAUUCACACUACUCACUAUGCCAUUCCUUCCUUCACCACAGUUACCAAUGCACCAUCUCUCUCUGUUGCCGCCACAUUCGCUUCCAAUUUUCACCGCAAAAUCCAUAACCCAAUUUUCGGGUUUUCCACCACCGCCAGGAAUCGCUCGCGCGCUGCGGUGAUUAGAGCCAAAGCAGGGACCGAUUACUAUUCCACCUUGAACGUUAGCCCCAAUGCCACGCUGCAGGAAAUCAAGGCCUCCUAUCGCAAACUGGCGCGCAAGUACCAUCCAGAUAUGAAUAAGAAUCCUGGGGCUGAGGAGAGGUUUAAGGAAAUAAGUGCUGCAUAUGAGGUCCUAUCAGAUGAUGAGAAAAGAUCUUUAUAUGAUCGCUUUGGUGAGUCAGGUCUACAAGGAGAAAAUGGAGGUUCAACUGGUGCUCCAGGGGUUGAUCCUUUUGAUUUAUUCAAUGCAUUCUUUGGUCAAUCUGAAGGACUAUUUGGAGAUGGUGAUGAAGGGGGCAUCAACUUCAAUUUUAGAAACAAUAGAAAUCGUGGUCGUGAUAUUAGAUAUGACCUUCAUUUGAGCUUUGAAGAAUCAAUAUUUGGAGCACAGAGGGAGAUUGAAGUUUCCGGUUUUCAGACAUGCAAUACAUGUGAUGGUACAGGAGCUAAAUCAAAGAAAUGCAUUAAACAAUGCACAAAUUGUGGUGGCAGAGGGGGAGAAAUGAAAAGUCAGAGAACACCCUUUGGAAUGAUGUCUCAGGUUUCUACCUGCUCCAAGUGUGGUGGCCUUGGCAAAAUAAUAACUGAGCACUGUCAAAGAUGUGAUGGCAGUGGUCAGAUUCAAUCUAAACAAACAAUGGAAGUGGAAAUUCCUCCUGGAGUCAGUGAUGGAGACACAAUGCAAAUUCGAGGACAAGGGAAUUUUGAUAAAAAGAGGCAAAUUACUGGGGAUCUUUUUGUUGUCCUGCAUAUAGAUGAGAAACAAGGAAUUUGGAGAGAGGGCCUUCAUUUGUACUCAAAGAUUAGCAUUGACUUCACGGAUGCAAUAUUGGGUUCAGUUAAAAAGGUAGAAACUGUUGAAGGUUUACGGGAUCUUCAAAUUCCUUCAGGGAUUCAACCUGGAGAUUCAGUGAAGUUGUCACGUUUGGGGGUUCCAGACAUGAAUAAACCAUACGUUCGGGGCGAUCAUUACUUCAUUGUGAAUGUUCUUAUUCCCAAGGAUAUCAGUGGCACAGAACGUGUACUUGUUGAGCAGUUAGCUUCAUUGAGAGCAUCUUGCAAAGGGGAUUCACCGUCUUCCAAUGGCAUUGGGAUACCUAAAGAAAAACUCAAUGAAUUCAUAAAGAAGCAUUCAAAAGGUGAUGCUUCAAGCAAGGGAAUAAAAAAUGUUGGCUCUCUUUGUCUUUGGGGAUCAAUCAAGAACUUCUUGAGGGGAGGACAGUCGGAAGAAAGAUUUGCUUCAAUUAGUAUGGACAUGUCAGCAUUAUUUCGGAGUUCUCGCCACCAAAGUCCUUCUGUCCCUGAAUCAUUUUUUGUUGUUUUCAUUAUAACUUGGAUUUUCAUCUCUAUAGCAAAGUCUAAGUACUCAAUACUUCAGAAAAGAUCCGAGUUCUUCUCUAAUAGAACACUGAAAAAAAAUUAAGGGCAUGCUUGGUUAGAAAGUAGAAAAUAGGAGGUGGAGUGGGGUGGAAAGGUUUUUGAUUUUUCAGGCCUUGGAACUUGGUAGAAAGAUGUAUUGGUGGAAGUGGGUAAAAAAAAUAGUUUCAGCUUAUUUUUCAAACUUCAAGAGACCAAAAUUGCGUA